AUGGCUUCCAAAGUCCUGAUAUUCACUGGAGCUCCAGACAGCCGGGCGCUUGACUGGGCCACCCCGGAUCUACUUGUCGAGUUCGAUGAGCCCAUUGCCAGCUUCAUGGGCAUCCUCCAACCACGGGAAGAGCAGACCAUCAUCCCGGCCUCUGCUCCGACUCCUGCCGCAUGGAGAUCCCUUAGUCUCGUGAGAGAACGUAUUUUCACCGGCUACACUCAACAAUAUGACUCCAGCUUCCGCUUCAACCCAGCUCACGGUCUGGAAGCAGUCGAUCAGCCCGAUGACUUUCUUACUACCGCGUCUAUAUCGUCGUCAUUUGACGAAUCGUCCGUCGUCCAUGGCGACUUGGAGUCCCAGUUCUACGAGCACUCCCUUACGUUGCAUCAACAUGUCCGAUCCUCGUACCUGGACGCUACAUUGCUUAGAGAAGCAGAGUCGCAACACUCCAUCACGUCGGCAAUGAGCGAGGAGGAUCUGGAUACGGCUUCAUUCUUGGAGACCACGGUUCAUGCAGUGGAUGGGGACGAGAACGUCAAAGAGCCCUUGACAUUCCGUGGCGGUGACCGCCUUACUGACCUCAAGGAUAUCCCAUCGGCCGCUUACCUUGUCAAGGCACAACCCCAGACCAUCACCUGCAAUCUGAUCGUCGGCAUCAUUUCCAUCUCUCCGCCACGGUCGGUUAGCACUCGCUGGGGCUUAGACCGCUCCCUGGUCGAGGUGCUCGUGGGUGACGAGACCAAAGCUGGCUUCACCAUCACUUUCUGGUUACCCCCUGGCUGCGAAACCGUACAGGGCAGCAUACUUGAAGGACUGCGGCAUAGGGAUGUGGUCCUCAUUCAAAACGUCGCCUUGAACGUCUUCAACAAAAAGGUCUACGGCUCCAGUCUGCGCAAGGGUCUGACCAAAGUCCACCUGCUUUUCCGGGCAAAGCUCGACGCAACAGAUGCCGGCGGUCAUUAUGCCCCUUCGGACCUAUCCGUGACAGGAACGACGCAUCCUCAGCUGGACAAGACGCGGACAGUGUGGGACUGGGUGCUACGGUUCGUCGGUCCCGGACCUAUCACCACCGCCGGUCCUGCGUCCGCCAGGAGAAGAAGCCCUAGAAAGAGCAAGAACAACAAAGGUGCCUUAGCCUCAGCUGCUCGACCGUGGGAUCUGCCACCCCCUGAUACUCAGUAG